AUGCAAGCUACUAAACCUCCACUGUCAUCGGCUCGUCAUCAAGGUAUCAAGACACAUCUUUACCUGAUUGGUAAUUCUACUGAAGGCAAUUGUGUCUCUGCUGAUGAGAGCUUACUGGAUGCUCUCCUACUUUCUGCGUGGGAAGAUUGUUCAUGGAAAGGCCUGCUCAAAUAUGAUGUAACAAUGUGUGAAACAAAGGUGUUUGCUAUCAUUGGGGGUGAAAAGGACUUGCUUAAUCAGUUUAAUGAUAAAUGGAACUUAAGCUUCCCUGCUGAGUUUGAGAAAAAUACCCUCCAGCCAUUAGGACCUGAGAAGCCAACUCAUAUGAAAAUUCUCAGGGAGAAUCUUCUAUUUUGCAUUGCAAGUGGAGAAAAGGAGAGUUGUCAAAGUCAACUUAUUCCUUCGCAUGCAAUUCCUAUGCAUGGAUUCUUGAUUCUGGUUAAUGUGAAUCCCGUCGAGUAUGGGCAUAUCUUUUUAGUUCCUUAUGGUACAAAGCAAAGACAAGAGUUUUGGCACAAGGAGAUGUUCUAUUUGAUUUCACGGUUUGCAAAGGAAAACUUUAAAGAAUAUUGCAUUUUAAUAUUAUACCAAAAACCUUACAGUUUGUUGCUACCUGUGGAACAGGCUGCUUACUUUGCAAACCAUUUACCGGUGGAACUUCUUACAGUUAUCAAUGUAUAUGACUGCAAGGAUAACAAAGGAGUAAGCAUAUCUGAGCUUGCAGAUUAUCCUCUUAAGACAAUGUUGUUUACAAGCUAGAACUUGGAAUAACUUGUUGGAUUAGUAGCUGAAAUAUGCUCUAUUUUACAGUAA